AUGCAAGUUGCAUUUGCCCAGUCAAAUCUGGCAGGACGUGCCAAGACUUGGGCACUGGGGCUCAAGUUGCACGACCCAUAUGCGUUUGGGUCGUUGGAAGUCAUCAAGUCGCGGCUCAGACAAACGUUCGAGCCGCCUAGAGCUGAGUUCAGAGCUCGAACCGAACUCUUGAAGCUCAAGCAGGGUAAGCGUGAUGUGCACGCUUACGCGCAACAUGGUCUUGCGGGUGGUCCCGUCAAGACUCACCCGUUCCGGCUUGAACUAGAUUCAAUAGAACAAGCCAUUUCCAUUGCGGAACAGAAAGACUUCAGUAUGAGACAGGCUCGCGCCAGCUCGACAUCAUAUCGUCAACCGAGACGAUAUGACAGCGGAGGUCCAGAGCCGAUGGAACUCUGUUAUGUAGAGAUCGAGAAGGCUCGCUCUACAGACUACAAGAAGAAGCAGAAAUGCAACAGAUGUCAAUAG